AGCAGUAAGGGCUUAUAGGGUGCUCAGCACCUCGCAGGACUGAGCCCUGACUCCCAGCAACAACAGGCUCUUUCAAAAACCAAACAAGUUUUCUGGAACAAGGUUCAUACCGUAACUGGGCAGUAUUUUGUGCAAUGGAUUUUCAUACAUUUGGAUUAAAUCUUACGCAGAAGAACAGAUCUCAUAGUUGAUGGCUGCUGGAAGACAUAAACAUUUAGGCAGUGCAGCCUGAGGAGGUCAGCUCACCCAGUGGAUGUGAAAGGAAGAUAAAGCACAGUGCAGCAGAUGAAGGGGAGGCAGCCAGGUCAGCUGGCAGAGACAGCAGUGUGGCUUUGAGCUACCCCAGCCUCCAUCUCCAUACGUACAGCAUUGAGAGCAUGACAACAUUUCCCAAUGGCUGUGGAAAUGGCACCACCGUUACUUGUAUAGUUAUGGAUAAUAAAGAGCCCCAAAACCACACUGCCUGUGUCAGGCAUAAUGGGGGAUACAGCAGCACCGACAGUCAUGAGGAGGAAAUUCAAGAGGAUAAUCUCAGCCCUUCCAAAAUGAUGCGAUUUUUCACCACCCCUCGGAAACGGGCCAAUUCCAGCUCCGACAGGCCUCGGUCUCUGGUUUUGAUGGGCAACUCGUCCACAUGGAAUGCUUUGUCUUCCAUCAAAAAAAUGGGAUCUUUCAAGAAAUUGAAAUCUUCGGUUCUCCAAGGAAUUCAAACAAAGGAAUGCCCAGACAUCUUAAAUGAGAAAGGUGUGGGCAAACAGGGUUCAAACGGGGCAGUGGUGAGAGUUCAGACUAACAGGUAUUCCUAUUCAGGGCCUCUACAUGAUUUCCAACACACAGUGGAUGGUUUAGCUUCUGACUGCUCUGAUGUGGAGGAGAGCGAUGAGUCUUUCCUGAGGAACACUCAUCGCUCACGCAGCAUCAGGCGGGCUUAUGGUGCUGGCCGCAUAAACUUGAUAGACACAGAUAAAGUUCAGACUCAUCACAACUGUACUAGGCCAACAUCACCUGUCAUCACAGAGCCAAAGAUCUGUGAAAUUUUGGUGAAAGACUCUGAAAACAACAGGAUCAUUUAUCGGAGAAGCAAAAGUUCAGAUAAUUUGAACUUUCUGAAAAAAAGCUCAUUCAAACGGAAGUCCACCUCAAACCUCACUGAUCUUAAGGUUGCAAAUGAAAAACAGAUGCCUCCAAGGUCUGUGAGUGUUACUUCUCCUGACUCGGACAAAACUGGUGGGAACCCUGAGAGGAGAUCCAAGAGGUGGAAGAGCCCUAUCAGGGCAAAGGAUUUUGACAGAGUUUUGAAACUUGUCAGUAAUGUUACUGACGUUUCAUGGAAGAAGGAUGUCCCUAAGAGUGCUGCUCCUCCCAGCGAGCAGUCCCCGAGAACAAGGUCAAACAGCAGACUGCACGAUGACUACUCCCGCAGAGUUUCCAGCAGCACGGAUCAUGACAGAAAGAGAUGCACCUCCCCAGUAUCUAAUCCAGACUCCUCCUUGCCAGGAACACCUUGUCUGCAAAGCCCUACAGUUGCUCAGGAUAAAGAGGCUGAAAUGAAUGUAGCUGUUGCUGAAGACAAAAGCCUCAGGACAUCAUCAGGUAGCCCCUGUGCUGAUAGCUUAUCACCCACCCUGAAUGACAUUAGUCCAUUUCCCAAUGAAGUGUUUAAUUCAAACUUGGGUGAGCCAAAAGCUACCCAGCAGUUUACAUGUGAAGCUGAAAACCCUCAUGUUCCAGUCAGGCCAACUACUCCAAAGCCUCAAAGUCCCACGGCAGAGAAGGUCAAGUGCAAUAUGAAUUUCCAGUUCCCAAACCAUCACAGCAUGCUGUCACUGAGCUCAUCGGAGAGUGAGGAGAGAGUCGAAGUACCAGGGCUGAAGCUGAGCAGGAAUCCUGUUUGCUUCCAGGACUCAGUGCAAACUGUGUACUAUGAUGAUGGAAAUGAAGACAGUGGCAUAAGCAGCCACUCUCAGCUGAGCCUCAAUUUAGCUUCUGGUGCUGAAGAGAAAAAGGAAGAGGUUUCUUCUGAUGACCACUGGAGGAGGUCACCAUCCCAAGAUGAAGAAAAGACAGAUACACAAAAGGUCACACCCAGGAGGUGGGGCUCUGGAAAAAGAUCUCGUCCUAGACCUCUCUCGGACUAUGGCCAAAUGUCAGUCAGAAGUUUCUCUAUACCAGAAGAUGCAGUGGUGGUGGAGUCCCAGAGCACAGACUGCACAGAUGGAGAGAAUCAGCCAGAACUGACUUCUGCUGGGUCUGUGAUCCAAAGCAAUACAGUAGGCUACCACAGAGGGCGAAAAAGAAGACCCAUCUCUGUGAUAGGUGGGGUCGAUUUCUAUGGAAGUGGUCCGGCAGAAGAGAUAGAAGGUCUGCUGACACAACCUGUGACACGGCCACCUGUUCCAGCACACCAGGUCCCCCCUUACAAAGCUGUUUCAGCCAGGUUCCGCCCACUCACCUUCUCACAAAGUACCCCGAUUGGGCUGGACCGGGUCGGACGGAGGCGGCAGAUGAGAACAUCGAAUGUUGCUGCAGAUGGUGGGACUGAGUCUUCAGCCUUAGUGGAUGACAAUGGCAGUGAGGAAGAUUACAGUUAUGAGGAGCUCUGCCAAGCUGCCCCCAGGUACCUGCAGCCCGGAGGGGAACAGCUGGCCAUUAAUGAGCUGAUAAGCGAUGGUAGCAUUGUCUAUGCAGAAGCUCUCUGGGACCAUGUGACUAUGGAUGAUCAAGAGCUGGGCUUCAAAGCUGGAGAUGUCAUUAGAGUUCUAGAAGCUUCCAACAAAGACUGGUGGUGGGGAAGAAAUGAGGACAAGGAAGCCUGGUUUCCAGCUAGCUUUGUCAGGCUGCGAGUUAAUCAGGAAGAAGUGCCAGAAAACAGUAGUAGUAUCCAGGAUGAAGAACAAGAUGCAGAUAUUAGCAAGCAUCGUCAGAAAAUAGCUGAAAACAAGGACCAGAUGAGAACCAAUGUUAUACAGGAAAUUAUGAAUACAGAACGAGUCUACAUCAAGCAUCUCAAGGACAUCUGUGAGGGUUAUAUUCGACAGUGUCGCAAACAUACAGGAAUGUUCACCACAGCUCAGUUAAGCACCAUUUUUGGAAAUAUUGAAGAUAUUUACAAGUUCCAAAGGAAGUUUCUGAGGGAUCUUGAGAAACAGUACAACAAAGAGGAACCUCAUCUAAGUGAAAUAGGGUCAUGUUUUCUUCAACAUCAAGAAGGCUUUGCUAUUUAUUCAGAGUAUUGUAACAAUCAUCCCAGUGCCUGCAAUGAACUUUCCAAACUAAUGAAACAGGGGAAAUACCGUCACUUCUUUGAGGCCUGUCGCUUGCUUCAGCAGAUGAUUGACAUUGCCAUUGAUGGGUUUCUUCUCACACCUGUACAGAAAAUCUGCAAAUACCCCCUGCAACUUGCAGAGCUGCUUAAAUACACCACUCAGGAGCACAGUGAUUAUAGCAACAUAAAAGCUGCAUAUGAGGCUAUGAAGAACGUUGCAUGCCUGAUUAAUGAGCGAAAACGAAGACUGGAAAGCAUAGACAAGAUUGCACGUUGGCAAGUCUCUAUUGUAGACUGGGAGGGACCAGAUGUGUUAGCCAGAAGCUCAGAACUGAUCCACUCAGGAGAACUGACCAAAAUAUCAAAGCAAGGCAAAAGCCAGCAGAGGACUUUCUUCCUUUUUGACCAUCAGCUUGUGUUCUGUAAGAAGGACUUACUGAGAAGGGACAUCCUGUAUUACAAGGAUCGUAUUGACAUGGAUGAGAUGCACAUUGUGGACACUGAGGAUGGUAGAGAUAAAGACUUCAACAUUAAUGUCAAGAAUGCUUUUAAAAUAAUAAAUAGGGCAACAGAAGAGAUUCAUUUGUUCUGUGCAAAAAAACAGGAAGAUAAAAAAAGAUGGAUGGAGGCAUGCGAAAGUGAAAGGAGAAGAGUUCAGGAAGACAAGGAAAUGGGAAUGGAAAUCUCAGAAAACCAGAAGAAACAAGCCAUGCAGAAUGCCCGUAAGUCAAGACAUGGAAAAAUUAAAGGUGUGAGCUAUAAUGGGUGUCCUGUGCCUCCUCCACACCAAAGCCUGCAUCCCCUUCAUCAGCGCCACAUCACGGUGCCCACCAGCAUCCCGCAGCAGCAGGUCUUUGCCCUGGCAGAACCCAAGCGGAAGCCAUCUCUCUUCUGGCACACCUUCAACAAACUCACUCCCUUCAAAAAAUGAGGGGCCAAGGACCUGGGGAGGACAUUGGCACUGAGGGAGACUUAAAGUAUGUUUGAUCUCAGUAAAUCUCCAGUUUUGGAGGGAAAACCUUCGGCUCCUUUGAGCCAGAAACGCAACCAUUGUCUAGAAGAAGCGUGAAGUUCCUUAAGACUGCUCUGAAGUCAAUGUGGCCAAGUGUCAGCAUUGCUGAUGAAGAGAAGUCUCCCUUCUGACAAAGGCAACUUGCUGUUACCCUGAAGCAGCAGUAUUUGAUCUCUGUUUUUGGUUAGAUUGAAGUAGUGAUGGAAUCAGGCAGGUCAUAGUAACAUUUCAUUUUUCUUAACCUUGUAUUGAUGGCUAAAUUUAGGACAGGAUGGAAAUUUUCCUUAGGAAAUUUUUCUUUCUUUUUAUCAGCAAAGAAUCUUAGGAUAGUUUUCUCCUUCCUUUUGGAGCACUGAGUAGAGACCACCCAUUUAAAUCAGAUGGAGAUACCCUAUUUGAGUAACCAGCUGUUGCAGAAUGUAGUGGACCCUAAUCCUUCCUGUCUUUUUCUAUUAAAUUGCCAGAUGGCAGGAGAACAUCCCGCAAGGCCUUACCAUAUUCCAGAUUGGAACAGGGAAAUUUUAUUCUGUCAUAUAGAAACAUGAACAGAGUAUGAAAUGGACUGUAAAUGUAUGUGCAUUUAUUGCACACAAGUGGAAACAAGAGGAGCCCAGGGCAUCUCAGACUGAUAACUUUCAGUCACAGCAAUAUACUGCAUGCACGUGUGCUCUUCACCAUAGAGCUUUUGUAUCGCUUUUUGCUCACUGCUUUGCCUGGGAGAUGCUUCUUUGUAUUUCCAAUAUGUUUAUUUCUCUGUGUAAAAAGUAUUUUUUUAUUUUCUAAUGGAUAAUGUGAAUGUACAAAGUCAGAUUUGAAACAGUACAUGCUGGCUGCUGGCUACGUCACAUAGUUCUCACACUUUGUAUUCAUAUAGCUUGACUUAGAAAAUGGAUGAAUUGUAAUUUAAAUAUAUUGAAGCAGUCUGGAUCCAUGCUUCUUACACCAAGUUAUUUUACAAUGGGUUUUGACCAAUUGUUUUUUUCACAAAGAAAGAGAAGUCUUUACUGGAAGGGACAGAAAUUAUGUGGACCAGAGAUGGAUUUUUGUCUCAGAGUUAUCAGUUAUUGGAAGGGGAAGAGUUUUACUCAGUUAAGGUUAGCUCUGGACAGCAUAAGCACCAUGUGAUUUACAUGGCUACAAUUUGUCCAUGCCAUGGAGUUGAUUUGGGAGAAUAACUUUUAAAAAGCCACCAGGAAGAAACAGGAUCUUGGUACUUGACACACUGAUCAUUUCUGCUUGAUAGCUCUCACUAAGGAUGACAAGACUGCUGGUAAUAGGGAAGGAAAGAAAGACUCCAUAUGUUCAGAACCCAUCUGCUAUGAAUGUCUUCUCAAUACUUGAUCUUAUGCUGCUGAUUAGAGGCAUUAUCUGAUGAUAAGAAUAGAUCCAAGGGUGUUCUUUGACAAUGGACACAAUCAGCAAUAUUGUGAAUCUGUAAUAAAUGAAGAAAAAACAAGGGGCUAGAGGCCAGGCAUUUUAACAACAGUGUAAAAAAGCCUUUAAACAUGCAUUUGCUCCUACUACUAUAGUUACCUCUAUAUUUUUAAUUAUCAUCAAUAUUGUGAAGCCCAGCUAAUUUUUUUUUUUUUUGAUAACUCUGUGGCAACUUCUGCAAUGCCCAGGCUUGUUGUUUUGAUUUUAAAUGACAUCUUUGGAAAACUGUACAUUUGAAAUGCUUGCUCUAUAGUAACCCAACAGUAAUGCAAAGUCUGUUGAUGCUCAGACAAAUUGUUCUCUGCAUAGUGAACUUCUUUGCUUGUGCUUUCCCGUAGAUGACCUGUAACAGUUAAAAACCAAAAAUUUGCACUGACAUUUUCAGAUCCAGCUUAAAGAAAAUGCAUGGGAAAGUUAGUGAAAAAAAAGAAAGCUGGCUGGGUUGUGUUUUUCUUUUGAUGUUUAAAACAGGCCAUUUCUGUUCAGAUUUUUUUAAAAGAUAAUUCUAAAUGCUCAAUUUAAACACAAGGAGGCAUGGAUUCAUGCCCUUCCCCUUAAAUGAGUAACCCUUGUGUGUUUCUUACAUACCCAUUUUUGUGGGUACUUGCCACAUUCAGUCCCGGAAACCAAAGUGAUGCACAUACAAUGGAAGUGGAGGUUAUGUUUGUUAUAAUCACAUUUUGAAAGACUUGUUCAAGAUGCAGAAAAAAUCUCUGAAGUUGGAUUGCAGUGUUUCAGCUCCCAGCUGGACCUGAAGACAUUUUGAGAUCCACACUUACUUACAUCUGUGUCUAAAAUCUACUUCCUUCCAGGGCUCAGUUUUCUGGAGUGCUGGGGUGGGAGGGAUAGGAGAUUUUGGGAUGUAUCUUCUGACAUGUCAGUGCCCACUAAGGCUCUUCCUGGGUAGUAGUGCUGGUGCCUUAGCCCUAAAAGUGAACAGAAAUGUUCACAUGCAGUUUGGGAUGCAUCAGGAUUUUUAUCAAAAAGUGGAUUUCGGAGAGAUAAAAAGCAGAUGUUUCAUGGUGCAGAUUACUCAGGACAGUUUCAUGUGUGCUACCCUACCUAUAGACGUGGCUGGUUUAUAUUUUUGGUGUUUUUCUUUGCAAUCUCUCUUCACAACAGAAUAAGAUAAAAUAUAACAAGAUAGGCCAAAUUUAGAUUACACCAAAAUCUUUUAAGCACAUUAUAGUUAAAUGAAAACACAGUUGCAAUAUCCAACAAUUAAAACAAGUAUUUACUUGGGUUUUAGCUUGACUUUAGGGUCUGUGGGAAAAAGUGUUGCAACUAAAAUGUAAAAUUUUGUAUUCUAGCAACUCUUGCCUGAUCCUCCUUCUGAUGACACAAAUUACAUAUCAGGAAGGUGUGAUGGCAACUUCUUUUCCUCCUGCUUUUGCAUGCUUUAAUUUGCUAUAAAAAGCCGUAGGGGAACUACUAAGCAUAUUUGUGCCUCAUUUAAAUAAAGCACAGCCAGAGCCUUCAUGAUGGCCUGCUGAGCAGAUAACCUCAGACUCUGUGCAUGAGAUGCAGUAAAAUAUAAUUCUCAAAUGUGUUCCAACUGAGUUAGGAAAAUGCCAAACCAUAAUUGCACCUAACUCAGAGCAUUUGAUGUAUAAAAAUUAUAAUACUGUUUUACAAGUGGCUCUUGCCAUGCUAAAUUUCACAUUGAGUUUUAGUGGUCAGUGUAAUAACAGAGUUCAAAGACAGACUACUCAAAUGUUCCACAUUUUAGAUGUUUUUUGAAAAUAAUUAUAACAGAAUUUUGGAGCCAAAGGUCUUUAGCCAUAACUAACACAGUACCUUUCUUUGACUGCCUUUCUGCUUUUUUUUCUAUAUGUGUGGCAUUUGUGUGUAUAAGAUGCCUUCUGGAUUAUCUCUAAUUUAAAACUAUUUGUUGUAAAUACUAGGGAUGACUUGCAUAUGUAUUUUAUUUUGACAAGUGUUUUGUAACAUUUUAUCUCAUGUACACUGCUUUGUGCAUCUUACCAUUUGUGUGCAGCUACAUGUGUUGUAAAUGAAGUGUCCUGGCUAUAUAGCAGAUGAUUUGGCUGUUGACAGCUGAAGUACAAUGUAUAGGACUGCAGCAGCUUGAUGUGCAUUUGUUCUAAAGUAACUGCAUUACACAGUAUAUUCGCUCUUGAAACAUUAUUUGUCAAAUGAAUCUAUUUUCUGGAAAUAAGUUCAAACUUACAUUCCUGUUAUUUUUCUCUUAUGUACACGUUUGAAUUAAAUAAUGUACAAAGCUGAAGUUCCUCAGCUGUCUCUUAUAAACUUCAUUGGGCAGUUUUAA